UGCCUGCUCUUUGGCUCACAGAAUGCUGCAUGCUGAAAUUCACAGCUCUGUCCUUUCCCUGUCCCGUUUUCUCCUUGGCACACUUCGUAAACAGCGGGUCACAGAAAGUCGAGAGAGCCAGAUGACUAUUGAAGAGAGGAAGCACCUCAUCACUGUAAGAGAAGAAGCCUGGAAGACAAAAGGCAAAGGAGCGGCCAACGACUCCACCCAGUUUACAGUGGCUGGCAGAAUGGUGAAGAAAGGUUUGGCAUCACCCACAGCCAUAACUCCAGUAGCGUCUCCUAUUUGCAGUAAAACAAGGGGCACCACACCAGUUUCUAAACCCUUGGAAGAUAUUGAAGCCAGACCAGACAUGCAGCUGGAAUCGGACCUGAAGCUGGACAGGCUGGAAACCUUCCUAAGAAGGCUGAAUAACAAAGUUGGUGGGAUGCAGGAGACUGUACUCACGGUCACUGGUAAAUCUGUGAAAGAGGUGAUGAAGCUGGACGAUGACGAGACCUUUGCCAGAUUUUACCGCAGCAUGGAUGACACUGUGCCUCGAAGCCCCGUGGAGCUGGACGAGGAUUUCGAUGUCAUUUUCGAUCCUUAUGCCCCUAAGUUGACCUCCUCUGUGGCCGAGCACAAGCGCGCAGUGAGGCCCAAGCGUCGGGUUCAGGCUUCCAAAAAUCCCUUGAAAAUGCUGGCAGCCAGAGAAGAUCUCCUUCAAGAAUACACGGAGCAGAGAUUAAACGUUGCCUUCAUGGAGUCGAAGCGGAUGAAAGUAGAAAAGAUGUCCUCCAACUCCAACUUCUCAGAAGUCACUCUGGCAGGUUUAGCCAGUAAAGAAAACUUCAGCAACAUCAGCCUGCGGAGCGUCAACCUGACCGAACAGAAUUCCAACAAUAGCGCGGUGCCCUACAAGAAGCUGAUGCUGUUACAGAUUAAAGGAAGAAGACACGUGCAGACCAGACUGGUUGAACCUCGAGCUUCGUCACUCAACAGUGGGGACUGCUUCCUCCUGCUCUCUCCCCAUUACUGCUUCGUGUGGGUAGGAGAGUUUGCAAAUGUCAUAGAAAAGGCGAAGGCCUCAGAACUUGCAAGUUUAAUUCAGACAAAGAGGGAACUUGGUUGUAGAGCUACUUAUGUCCAAACUCUUGAAGAAGGAAUUAAUACACACACUCAUGCGGCCAAAGACUUCUGGAAGCUUCUGGGUGGCCAAAACAGCUACCAGUCUGCUGGAGACCCAAAAGAAGACGAACUUUACGAAGCUGCCAUAAUUGAAACAAACUGCAUUUAUCGUCUGGUGGAUGACAAACUUGUCCCUGAUGAUGAGUACUGGGGGAAGACUCCCAAGUGCUCCCUUCUGCAGUCAAAAGAGGUACUGGUGUUUGACUUUGGUAGUGAAGUGUACGUGUGGCAUGGAAAAGAAGUCACAUUGGCACAACGGAAAAUAGCUUUUCAGCUGGCAAAGCACUUAUGGAACGGAACCUUUGACUACGAGAACUGUGACAUCAACCCGUUGGAUCCGGGAGAAUGCAAUCCGCUUAUUCCCAGAAAAGGACAGGGGCGACCUGAUUGGGCAAUAUUCGGGAGACUUACAGAACACAAUGAGACUAUUUUGUUCAAAGAGAAAUUUCUCGAUUGGACUGAGCUGAAGAGACCUAAUGACAAGAGCGCCAGCGAACUUGCCCAGCAAAAGGAUGAUCCUAGGGCCGAAGCCAAGCCGUACGAUGUGGCGCGGAUGGUGGUGGUGCCCCAGGUGACAACAGGCACCGUGCUGGACGGGGUGAACGUGGGUCGCGGCUACGGCCUGGUGGAAGGGGACGACAGGAGGCAGUUUGAGGUUGCCAGUGUCUCGGUGGAUGUCUGGCACAUCCUCGAAUUUGACUACAGCAGGCUCCCCAAACAGAGCAUCGGGCAGUUCCACGAGGGAGACGCCUAUGUAGUCAAGUGGAAGUACAUGGUGAGCACCGCAGUGGGAAGUCGACAAAAGGGAGAGCACUCGGUACGGGUGGCUGGCAAAGAGAAGUGUGUCUACUUCUUCUGGCAAGGCCGGCAGUCAACCGUGAGCGAGAAGGGCACGUCGGCUCUGAUGACGGUGGAGCUGGAUGAGGAGAGGGGUGCCCAGGUCCAGGUUCUGCAGGGAAAGGAGCCCCCCUGCUUUCUGCAGUGUUUCCAGGGGGGCAUGGUGGUGCACUCCGGGAGACGGGAAGAGGAAGAAGAAAAUGCACAAAGCGAGUGGAGGCUGUACUGUGUGCGAGGAGAAGUGCCCGUGGAAGGAAAUUUGCUGGAAGUGGCCUGUCACUGUAGUAGCCUGAGGUCCAGGACUUCCAUGGUUGUCCUCAACGUAAAUAAAGCCCUCAUUUACUUGUGGCACGGAUGCAAAGCCCAAGCCCACACGAAGGAGGUUGGAAGGACUGCAGCAAAUAAAAUCAAAGAACAAUGUCCCCUGGAAGCAGGACUGCAUAGUAGCAGCAAAGUGACAAUACACGAGUGUGACGAAGGAUCCGAGCCCCUGGGCUUCUGGGACGCUUUAGGAAGGAGAGAUAGGAAAGCCUACGACUGCAUGCUUCAAGAUCCUGGAAAUUUUAACUUCACACCCCGCCUGUUCAUCCUCAGCAGUUCCUCCGGUGAUUUCUCAGCCACGGAAUUCAUGUACCCCGCCCGAGACCCCUCUGUGGUCAAUUCCAUGCCCUUCCUGCAGGAAGAUCUUUAUAGUGCACCGCAGCCAGCUCUUUUCCUUGUUGACAAUCACCAUGAGGUAUACCUCUGGCAAGGCUGGUGGCCCAUCGAGAACAAGAUCACCGGUUCAGCCCGCAUUCGCUGGGCCUCCGACCGGAAGAGCGCCAUGGAGACCGUGCUCCAGUAUUGCAAAGGAAAAAAUAUCAAGAGGCCUCCCCCCAAGUCUUACCUUAUCCACGCUGGUCUGGAGCCCCUGACGUUCACCAACAUGUUCCCCAGCUGGGAGCACAGAGAGGACAUCGCUGAAAUCACAGAAAUGGAUACGGAAGUUUCCAACCAGAUCACCCUUGUGGAAGAUGUCUUAGCCAAGCUCUGUAAAACCAUUUACCCACUGGCCGAUCUGCUAGCCAGGCCACUGCCCGAGGGAGUUGAUCCUCUGAAGCUUGAGCUUUAUCUCACUGAUGAAGACUUUGAGUUUGCACUAGACAUGACGAGGGACGAAUACAAUGCACUGCCCGCCUGGAAGCAGGUGAACCUGAAGAAAGCAAAAGGUCUGUUCUGAGCGGGAGAGAUGCUGGAGGAACCUCUGUCGUCACUUUCAAUACCAUUGGACCAGGGAAAUGGGUAUUUUUUUUUUUUUUUGGACUGGUAUUUAAAAAAAAAAAAAAAAAAAAAAGAUUUUUUAAUCAGUUUUCCAAAACCUAAAGUUAUUAGCUCUACUGCUUGUCCCAGAUUUGUGUAUUUUGUAAAUGUUUAAGCGGCCCCUUUGGAAACUCUCUUUCCACGAUUCAGCAGGUAAUGUCAAUAAAGGCGUCCCUACGUGCACGUGUGCGGCAACUCCCGCACUUGCCCACCUUUUUUGGAAGCAAUUCUCUUUAUAAAGUGUUAUUUUGAUAGUUUGUGGGUUCUAAAAUAUAUAUAUUUAUAUAAACACCAUAUAAGUCAAAUAUGUAUUUAACAAAGCAAUAUGUAUUCAUUCACUCUUAAGAUUGUUUUUCUUUUGGUGUCAAAAUAAUACUGAACGGUAGAUGGAAUUGCUUCUGUGAAAUUAGCUCUGGCACCCCUGCGUAUCUUCACACACGUUCAGAUACGUCUCCUUCAGCAUUAAGUCUGACUUGUUCUGAGUGCUGCUUCCGGUGCUAAAACGAACAAAUGGAUUUGUACUUCCUGGCAUGGGCUCUGAAGAAUCUGUGCGCAUCCACCUUUCUACCUUAAUAUCUCCCCGAAAUGUAUAGUGCCUUGUUUUUAUGUACAGUUUAUAUACAGAAAAGUUUGCUCUGCAUUUUUUUUUUGAUGGUUUGGAACAUUAUCUCCAAUUUUACUCUAAAAUAGUAGAAAUUUAAAAAAAAUCUCAAGUUUCUAAUACCUGUUGUAAACACAAAACAUGUCAUUUUGCGACACAGGACUCCAAAAUAAAAGCUUCGAGAAUAAACACAAUAAUUAAUUGUUUCA